AUGGGAAAUAGGAAUAACACAACUGUGCCUGACUUUAUCCUUUGGGGAUUGACAGACUCUGAAGAGAUGCAGCUGGUCCUUUUUAUGGUAUUUAUCCUUAUAUAUCUGAUAACUGUGCUGGGGAAUGCAGGGAUGAUUCUGAUAAUUCACUUGGAUCUCCAGCUUCACACCCCCAUGUAUUUUUUCCUCAGUCAGCUCUCAUUUCUUGACCUCUGUUACUCAACAGUCAUCACACCUAAAACCUUAGAGACCUUACUGACUUCCAACAAGUGUAUUUCAUUCACAGGUUGCUUCACCCAGAUGUAUUUUUUUGCGUUCUUUGGUGCCACUGAAUUUUUCCUUCUCUCUUCAAUGGCCUAUGACCGCUAUAUAGCUAUCUGCAAUCCCCUUCACUACCCAGUUGUUAUGUCCCCAAGACUCUGCCGUGCCUUCAUUGCUGGGUCCUAUGUGAUUGGCUUCACUGACUCCUUGGUCAAUGUUCUCUGUAUGAAGGGUUUGCAUUUCUGCAAAUCCAAUGUAAUCCAUCACUUUUUCUGUGACAUAACCCCUAUUUUAGUCCUGUCCUGCAGUGACACCCGUGACAUUGAAAUCAUGAUAUUUACUCUUACUGGCUCCACCGUGAUGGUGUCUCUUAUCACAAUCUCUGUGUCCUAUGUGUCCAUUCUGUCUACUAUCCUGAAAAUUAAUUCCACUUCAGGAAAGCACAAAGCCUUCUCCACUUGUGCCUCCCACCUCUUGGGAGUCACCAUCUUUUGUGGCACUAUUAUAUUUACUUAUUUAAAACCAAGUAAGUCUUACUCCUUGGGAAGAGAUCAGGUGGCCUCUGUGUUUUAUACUAUGGUGAUCCCCAUGCUGAAUCCACUCAUUUAUAGUCUUAGGAACAAAGAAGUGAAAAAUGCUUUCAUUAGAGUCAUGCUGAAGAGAGAGCACUCCAGGCAAUUGAAAUGA